CUAGAGGUGUGGAAUGAUUUGUGGAAUGAGGUGUGGUGUGUAGGUGAAGAAGAAUUUUAAAAUACAAUUGUGGUAAAUAGAAUAUGGAUGAAGUAAAGAAGAACAUCAAAACAUUUUUGGAAAUCCUGCAGACAGGAAAGAGUGAAUCAGUCAUACACUGGGAUGAAUCUAAUUUUAAGAGAAUUUACCAUUGGGCACUAUAUGCUGAAGAGGUAUAUAAGAAAUUGAAAAAUAAGCCAUCCCUUGGGCAAGUCCUUUCAAAUUAUAUCAAAGACAUGCAAAGAUCAUAUCAAAAAACUAUGCCAUUCACCUUCAAUGACUUGCAAAAUGCAACAGAAAAACUACGACAGACUCUGCUAUGCAAUCCUCAUUUGUCAUCACUACAGUUUUCUUAUGUUCUUGAUUUCUAUCACGUGGAUUUUCGUGCCACAUCAAAUGAAGACAAUGAAGAUUUGGAAAAAAUAAUCUCCAAUACGUAUUCUAUCAAUUGCAGUAAAGGAACAUUUCUUAUAUUGUCAAGUAUAAAAGACGAACUGUCCGUUAAACUAAAAAAGGAUAUCUCAAACGGGACACGAGGAACAGAAGAAAUUUGUUUGGAUGGUUGCUCCAAAUUAUUGUGGAAAAAUAUAAGAAGUUUAGUUGAAAAAAUGAAUCCAAAAGCCAUAGAUCGUCUGAUCAAUGAUCGUUUGAAAUCAUUAGCAUCUAGUAAGGAAGGAAUGGAAACUAUAUUAAGGAUGUUGGUUUUGCUUAUGAAAGGAAAAAUACCAUACAACAUUCUUAGCGACGAUGAUCAGGGUAUUUUAGAUCAAACGAGAAAUCACAUACUUCAUUGGGUUGUAGAACGUUCAGACAAUAGUGGAUCAGAGUUUUAUCAACAUAUUUGGUCUUGUCCAUCAAAUGUAAUUUACGAAAUGUCGGCGAUAUAUCCAUCGUUUUAUGAAAGUUAUCUGUGUUUCUUGCACUCGUAUGGUAAUACUUUGCUUGGUUUGAGGUCCGUUGCUCUUCAGGAUGAUGACGGGACGAAAUAUGGAUUACGAUAUCAACAUUUUAUUGAGAAAAUUCGAAUGCUAGUACAAGGACCUGAACACGUAUCACAGUUGUGCAUACAGAAGUUGCAGUUAUGGUCCAAAGUCGAAGAACCGGCGAGAGAAUCGUCAAGUACAAGUUCUAAGAAAGUUGGUCUAAGGGACGAAAUAAUUAGAGCUAAUAUGUGGAAGAAAGUUUACAAUGAUAUUUGCAAAUAAGCACGAACACAUUGCAGAGAUG